AUGUUAAUAUCACACCUGACUUCCCACUUACUGAGGGCUUCACAGUCUGCAGGCCGCUUUUUGCCAAGGCCAGUGUCUUCGUUUCUUUGCUAUCAUUCUGCACCUGCACACUAUAGCACCCAGCCAUCUAACAAGAACGGAGCCCAGCCUCAGCGGUGGUAUGCGCUGGACCCGGAGCUGGAAGAGAUGCUGAUCCCCAGAAAACUUUCCAUCAGCCCCUUGGAAAGCUGGUUGACAGUUAGAUACUCCCUCCCUAAAGCAGAAGCCCUUCACGCUCAGGAGGAAGAGGGCUAUAAACCUCUCCAGCGAUAUGACUGUCCCCCGUCGGAUGAGGGAGGUGAUGUGGAGGAAGGAGAAGGACCACUUAGCAACAAGAUUCAGUGUAAGAACGUUCUGCAGAUUCGCAGAAGGAAAAUUAAUCGGCACAAGUACAAGAAGCUGCUAAAGCGAAGGAAGUUUAUACGGAGGAGGGUAAAGGAAGGUCGCAAAAAGAAACGUCAGAUAAAAUUUGAGAAAGAUUUGGAGCGCAUCUGGAAAAGAGCUGGUUUGAAAAACCCUCCUGCGGGAUGGCAAACACCCAAGAUAUUUCUGAAAAGUUCCAGGCGAUAAAAACAGUUGUAAUGAGUUUUAACCUGCAAUUGUAAUUAAAAAAUAUUUCAGUAUG